CGCAUCCGACGUGAGAGCAACAUGGGCGCCAAGCAGUCGCGUGUGGUGACAUCCGAGGUGGCAGCGGAGCUGCGUCCGGAGGACGAGCACGAAAGAGAGACGCGUGCCUCCAUCCGUCUCACGCCAGCGCUCGUGGAUCAGAUCAACGGCACGCAUACCGCCCACAACACAGCGGCGGGGGGUGUCGACGCACAGCAGCAGGCGAUCUUCAAGAAACAGAUGCAGAUGGCCUACGCUAAGGGUGUUGAUGACUGCCGAAAGAAGAUGGAGGCGGAGCUAAAGCAGCAGCAAGCAGCCACUAGUGCGCCAAGUCUAGCGCAGCAGGCGCAGUUUGCCAAGGAGCAGGAGGAACGUGAAAAUAAGCGCGUGGAGCAGCUAGUGGCUGAGAUCAACAAGAAGAAGUACCGCGCACCGCUCCGCGACGUGCAGUGCUCAUCUGAGCGUGAUGCGUGCUUGCAAUGCUAUAGAGACAAGAAGAGCGACGUCUUGAAGUGCAAGGAAGUGGCCGACGCCUUCGUGCGAUGCGCUCGACAAAACACCGAGGUGCGUACGGGCAGCAACACCGGACCAGGGUGA